AACAAAAAUAUUCACUUGUAAAUUAGUAAAGACAAAAACAGAGAUGAAUAUUUUCUAUUGUUUUGGAAAAAAGUUGCAACACCUUUGUAACACAUCAUGCCAAAAACUUACUUAUCUUAUCAAAUCAAUUUUUUUCUUAGCAGCAUGUUUUUGUCGUUUCAUUCUCCUAAGAGCAAAUCCAUUAUGGAUUCAAAUUGUAUAUUUCAUUUCUAUUUCCAUUUUGGGUUUUGGAUUUCUCAAAGUUAUAAAGCCUUUAAAUCAAACAAAACCUAAAAACUUAGAUUUGUUCUUCACAUCCAUUUCAGCCACAACAGUUUCAAGCAUGUCCACAGUUGAAAUGGAAACUUUUUCUAAUCCUCAACUAAUCAUCAUUACCAUCUUAAUGUUCAUAGGUAGUGAAAUUUUCACAUCAAUGGUAGGACUUCAUUUCAUUAGAUCAAGACUCAAAACUGAUCUUGAUAAAAUCGCUUCUUCUCACGCACGUCUUGCUUCUCUAAACCCUUUCAUUGUUGAUCAAAUUCAUCUUGAACUUGAAAUGGUCACAAACGAGGUACACAAUAAAUCGCACGAAUCUUUACAUAGCAUAUCACACGAAUCUUCACAUAAUAAAUCACAUGAGUCUUUGCACAAUAAAUCACACCAAUCUUUGCACAAUAUUUCACAUGAAUCAUUGAGUACAACAAAUGAAAAUUUAAGGUACUUGUCUAUGAAAUAUUUGGGUUAUGUAGUUCUUGGUUACAUUGUAAUUCUCCAUAUUACAGGUGUAUUUGGGGUUACUCUAUACCUUGAAAUGAUUCCUAGUGCCAAACAAGUAUUAAAAAACAAGGGUCUAAACAUAACCACAUUCUCUAUUUUCACAAUAGUAUCAACUUUUGCAAAUUGUGGUUUUGUUCCAACAAAUGAAAACAUGGUUGUUUUUAGACAAAAUUCAGGUCUUUUACUUAUGCUUAUCCCACAAGUACUUCUUGGGAACACAUUGUACCCUGCAUGUUUAAGAUUUUGUAUAUGGGUAUUGGGAAAAUUUUACAAGAAAAAAGAGUGUAAUUAUCUUUUGAAACAUACAGAAGAGGUUGGUUACAAACAUUUGUUAAAGGGGAAGCAUUCUGUUUUUCUUGUGGCUACUGUUUUUGGGUUGAUUGUGGUACAAGUUACAUUGUUUUGUGUAAUGGAUUGGGAUUCAGAAGGUUUGAAGGGUUUGAAUAAUUAUGAGAAAUUGAUUGGUGUGUUGUUUCAAAGUGUGAAUUCAAGACAUACAGGAGAAAGUAUUGUGGAUAUCUCAAUUCUAUCACAAGCCAUGUUGGUAUUGUUUGUGCUCAUGAUGUACCUUCCUCCUUACACAUCAUUCCUCCCCAUAAAAGAUGAUAUGAAAAAUUCAAAAAGCAAUAAGAGGAUGAAAAAGAGAAGAGGAAAAGUGACAGAGAAUUUGAUAUUAUCUCAACUCUCCUAUUUAGUCAUAUUCAUAAUACUAGUGUGCAUAACCGAGAGGAAAAAAUUGAAGGAAGAUCCUCUCAAUUUCAAUGUUCUCAAUAUUGUUGUUGAAGUUAUCAGUGCGUAUGGGAGCGUAGGAUUUAGUACAGGAUACAGUUGUGAAAGACAAUUGCAUCCAGAGGCAAAUUGUGAAAACAAGUGGUUUGGAUUUGUUGGAAAAUGGAGUGAUGAGGGUAAAAUUAUUCUUAUACUUGUUAUGUUGUAUGGAAGGCUAAAAAAAUUCAAUAUGGAUGGAGGGAAGCCAUGGAAACUUCUCUGAAUAUUAUUGAUUCAUUAUAUACACAUCUUCUAUUUCACACAUUUGUACAAUAUUGUCUUAAGAUAACAAGGGAAAAUUAUGUGGAAGGCUCGUUACAAUUCCAUUAAUGUAAGCGAUUUGAGUGUAUAUGAUUGAAUUGAGAUUUUAAGAAUGUGCUAAAUAUAUAUGUUUAGG